AUGGUUGGUUCUGCAAGAGAUUUGGUUUCUUUAGUGUUGGUCUUUUUGAUGAUGAUCAUUAGCUUCUCAGAAGGCAGAGAGUUCUUGGUUGAAGGCAAGACUAACGCAUGGAAGACUCCUUCGUCUGAAUUUGAGUCUCUCAAUCUAUGGGCUCAAAACUCUCGCUUCCUUAUUGUGUGGAAUUAUGAUGGAAACAAAGAUUCGAUGGUAGAAGUGAGGAAGAGAGACUACAUUACCUGCAACACAUCGAGUCCAAUCAUAGAGCACAAGGAUGGUAACACCAAUGUCAAGCUCGAUCGGUCGGGACCAUUCUACUUCAUCAGCAGAGAAGAGGGACACUGCGACAAGGGCCAAAAACUGAUUGUGGUGGUCAUGUUUGCUAAACUAAUAUGGAAAUUGAUUUGUGUUCUGUUUGAUAUUGUUUCACAGGUAAAUUUCAAGAGGUUUGUGGGAAGUUCAGGAAGGCCAUAA